AUGGCUAGUAACGACGAGUAUGGAAUUGCUUUAAUCGACAAUGAAAUAGAUGCUCGUUUAUGCGCUAAAUUACUUGCGGAAGAAUUUGCUUUAUACAAUCCUUUGGCAGCUUUUAUUCAGAUAACAGCUAAGGAAUUUUUUGCUCAACGAACUUACCCGUUAAUGCUCGAUGUACUUGAUGAAAAAUUAUCAUUUCUUAUACGACAUCGACCAACAAAUGAAGUUGCCGCAGCAAUCAUAGCCAAUGAUCUGUUUUCAUAUUAUGAAAAACGUCGAUUUGAGACUUUUAAUCCUAUAUCUAAUUAUCCAACGAAAGAUUUAUUCACAGAAAUGCUCGAUAAAUUUGUUCAUGUUGAUUUCGACCAAGAAUUAAAACCGAAUACAGUUUUAUUUCUUCUAUCUGGUGCAACACGAUUUACACAUGCAGGUAAUAAUUUAGCUGCUCAAUUACGUGCUCAUGUAUGUAAUCAUGCACGAAAUACCCGAGGAUUUCAAUAUGCAUUUAUACAAACAUGUCAUCCAGCAACACGUCAUAUCUAUAUUAAAAAAAUGAAUGGAAAAGAAUCAAGAGUAGUUGAUCCAGCAGAAUGGGUAUGGAAGAAGAAAGAUGCUGGUUUAUCACGUCCAUUUAAAGAUUAUAAAGACGAGCCAGUUGUCAAUAUUCUUAUCGAUUUGAACGAACAAAAAUAA